UCUAUCUGUUAACUCAUUUAGAUGUGCUUAAAUGAAGUGUAAAACUUAUUAAUAUGAUAGCUAGGCAAUUUUCAGAGUAGGAUUUGUUUUCAAUUUCAUGUGAAGUCGUCAUACCCAUAGGUUUUCAUUUUUCCUCCCCUCUGUGAUGGGCAUCUGCCUCAAACCAUAUGGUUGUGGAAAAUGUUGGUUGAAACAGUUCUGUCAAGAUCAUGGCUAGAAGAAAAACCUACCUUACUUUUCACUUCUAAAAACGUUGUAAAGCCCUUCUGCUUUCAUGUGGGGGAACAGGAACUCGAAGUUCAGCCCAGAUGGAUCCCCUGUGCCAGGGACAGGCUUAUGCUUUCUAUGAAAGUCUGCCGAAUAUUGGCCAACUCGCCUACCUUUCACAACUUGUUCACUUCCAGCAGGGAUGUGCAUAGGCUGAGAAGCUCCUCUAUCCUCAGGAAACCUUUCCCAGCCUCCGUUCCUGGUGUGUGUAGAUGCAGCCAUAUCCUAUCCCAGGUCCUGUGCCCGAUCCAGACGUUUGUGUGCAGUCAUCACAGGCAGAGAGGAGGCUGGCAAAGCUCUGCCUUGUGCCCAGCUGGGAUUUUAGCAGGUUGCCUUGCAGCUGCCACCAGCUCCAAACGUCAGACCCAGGGCGCUAUUCUCCACAGCUUCCUUUCCCUUCUGACUAUCUAAAGAUCAGGAGUGUUGUCAGAAUUGAUGCAGAAAUUGAGACUGUUAUAACUGACUCAUUAAGCUAACUACAGUUGUUCAAUGAGUGUUGAUCAUGUUGCAGGAAAAAAAAAAAAGGUAUCUCUUGAAAUACCAGUUUUGCAGUUGUCAAGCAGGAACCAUUGUAAUGGAGGUUGUUGGCAACCAUGUCAUGUUGGUAGACCCCCCCCUCCAGCCAAACAUGGGUUACCUUAGAGAAGAACGUGGGUUGUGCUUUCCUCUGGAGCCAGCAGCACACAGGAAGGAGGCAGGAUGGAUGCAUGAUGAAGAGAGCUUAGAGGGCUUGCAGCUGUUGGGCAAAGCCAGGGGACCUCUAGGCUCAGCAGCCUGAGAUUUUUUCAAAACUGGGAAUCCUGUAGCAGCUGACACUUACUUGUUUUCUUACUUACUGUUUUCUUGAUCUCUUUGUCACCUGUCAUUGGUGUCUUGGAGAUUUGUGAAUGUGGAUUACAUUAAAAGAAUGACAUAGUCUUGGUGUCUGUCUGUCUGUGCUUACCAAACAUGAGUAUUCCCAACAGCUGGAUCAGACCACUUGGGUCAAGACUAUCAGCUUUAUUCCUGUUACUACCUUUGGCAAAAAGUUGGUAAAAAGUAUUCAUGAAUCUGAUCAUCUAAGAAAUGAGAGUCUUCUUCACCAGGAUUUGCUCUCUUCAGAUCUCUUUCUGUUAAGUUUUUAACCUCUGUGUAAGCAUCCCCACUCUUAUUUAUGAGAUACAUAGCUUUCUAGAUUCAAGUCACGCUGCUGAGAAACUUGGAAUAUUCUAGAGUUUUAAAGAAGUGGUUUGUAAAAAUUGAUGAGCUCUUUGGGUAAUGUAAUCUGAAAAGGAAGACUUAAGAAAAUAACCCCAUGGUUGAUUGCAGUACAAAACUUAAUGCUGACUGAACGUUGACUCAAGGAGCAAAAUGUCACUCUUCCUGCAUUUCAUUUUUAUUUCUAUCCCAUAUACUGCUUUGAGAAUGUUUUUCUUAUAGAAAUGAAGUCUGCUUCUAGCAGAGCGAUUUUUUUAUGAGCAAUUUCCACUGGCAGAUUAAAUAAGCUAUUUGCAUAUUAUCAAUAAAUGUGGCCUUGCACUGUUAACACACGGAAGUCUUAUUCCAUUGGUAACGUUUUAUGUAGUAGCAAACAUAAUUUUAGUACUGAAGUAAAUAUGAUAGAUAAAUGUUUAUGAACAACCUAUAAUAUCAUGUAUUUAAACAGUGCCUGAUGCUAUAUGAUGCUGGUGAUAAGAGGAAAGAAGUGAAAGAAAUGCUAGCAUGAACACAAACUAUGUUUAUGGGCAUGUGUAACAUUGUGGAACAUCUUAACAAUAUGUUGUAAAGUUACAUAUGCCUAAUUCUGUACUAUGAUGACACUGUGGCAAUGUCAGUCCUGAAAAAACUGCUUUCUCUUAUGAGGGGCUACCUGGCACUUCUGAAAAACAGACUCUGUAUUUCCAUCUUGCCAGUCACUUUUGGAAACCAUAUGGCUGCUGUGGAAUAAAUGAAUAUGCGAGCAGUAUGGCAAUAGGAGGCUUCAAAAUUCUGUUUUGUGCUAAUUGGAGAGGAGAUUCAUUGAAAUAUACAGCAUUCAGGAAUAAUAAAUUACAGUGCUUGGUGGUUUUUUUUAUUAUUAUUAUUAUUUAGGUGAUACUCUGUAGGAGUUCUUAGCAUCUUUCUAGUAUACCGUGGUCUCUUAGGUUACAAUGUCCCUUAGUUUUGUGCACUUAGACCUUACAGAGAUAUUUAUAAGAUGAAAGUAAGUUCCCUAUACUUCUAAGGAGUGUUUGCUCAUGGAAAGUAUUUUCCAAAUGAGUCCAGUUGUUUUGCCUAAUGGCAAAAAUGUCCUUGGCAUUUCCACCACCACCUUUGAAAGCUUAGGAUGUCGUGUGCCAGUGCUCACAGAAGCUCUCAGCUUAGCUGAGUAUCGGCACGAGUGAAGAUGUGCAGGAUAGAGGUGGUCCUUUUGACGUCUGUGGGAGCUGCUGUGUGCUGAACGCGUGUGCUGAGUGCCUCGGAUGUCUGCGUUGUGAGUGGUGAACUACUGUAAAUAAAUCCAUCAGAGGUCUACAGUGAUUGCAGUGCUAAUGUGUACGUUCAAAACAAGAAUUCUCACUGACAAAGUAAACUGCUAGGUUAUGUUGUCUCACUCGUAGAUCCAGCAGCCGACAGUGAUCAGCUCUGCAAGCGCUCACCCUUGAGCCUGAGACCCCAGCUCCUCAGAGGCAGAUCAUUUUCCUGGAGCCAAAGCAGCAAACCAGGGCCGUUUUUCCUCCCCGCACCCAGGCCGCUCCCAGCCCCAGGUACCGAUCCUUUGGCUGGGAGGUGUGACGUGCCCGCGGUGGCUGGGCGCUCCGGCAGGCAGCUAUAAUUAGCUGAGCAGCCGCUAAGCAGCGGUGACAGGGUGGGAGCCGCAGCGAGCAUGUGCCGGAUCCUGCAUGUGCCUGGUUCUUAUUGGCAGGCUGAGCUGCUGCCUGCCGGUUUGAUAGGUUUCCCCAGUAAUCUGCGUGCUGCAUUACAGACAUAGAUACAGAGGUACUGCGCGCACGCAGCGCUGGAGGUGCUCAGCUCGUAGCAUGAGAGCCCGCAGAUGAAAGGCAUUGCUCUUUGUUACCAAACAUCAGUACUCGAGGACUGCUAGCCGCUAGCAGAGAGCCUCCACUGGAGCUUUGCAGUCUGCCGUUCAAAGCCUGAACAAGAGCUCAGCACUGUGCUUUUUCAGAUCGCACAAAGGAAGCAAGGAGACUCCCACAUCUUUCAGCGAGAAGAAAGGAGGCAGUGGAGCAGACUAAUACGGACUUGUGUCUGGUGGCCUUGCAGUACAAAGGCUGCCUUUAAAAGAGAAGCGCAGCGUUAUUUAAUGAGCUGUGAGAUGAGGCGCUGCUGCUAACGCUCAGAUCCCUGGAUUCAUCGGCUAUUCAUUGUGCUUAAUGUACAUGUUUCUACACCGUGCGUUUAGGAGAUCCCAGAGAAGAAUCCAAAACGGCUGCGGGGGAAAGACCACCAAACAUGCCUACAGAAACACUACCGACAGGUAGCAUGGUGAAGCCGGUCAGCCCUGCCGUGACUUUCACAUCCGCCGUCCCUCUCCGCAUCCUGAACAAAGGACCUGACUAUUUUCGCAGGCAGGCGGAGCCUAACCCAAAAAGACUGAGCGCGGUGGAGAGGCUGGAAGCCGACAAGGCGAAAUACGUCAAAAGUCAGGAGGUCAUCAAUGCCAAGCAGGAGCCCGUGAAGCCAGCAGUGCUGGCGAAGCCGCCGGUCUGUCCUGCGGCCAAGCGGGCACUGGGCAGCCCCACCUUGAAGGUCUUCAGCAACAAUGCAAAGACCGAGAGCGGUGUCCAGAGAGAAAAUCUGAAGCUAGAGAUUCUGAAGAACAUCAUCAAUAGCUCUGAAGGCUCCAGCUCGGGUUCGGGGCACAAGCACGGUCCCCGAAACUGGCCACCCCACAGAGCCGAUUCGACGGAACUGAACCGACAUUCGUUUGCUGAGUCCCUGAAGGUUUACCCCACACAGGGCCGUAGCAGCCCCCAGGAGAGCAGCUCCAAUGUCAGUAGAAGGCUCCUAGACCAGUCAGCAGAGACUUUCUUGCACGUCUCUCACAGCUCCUCAGACAUUAGGAAAGUAACUAGCGCAAAGCCCUUAAAAGCAAUACCUUGCAGUAGUUCAGCCCCACCUCUGCCUCCAAAACCCAAAAUUGCUGCCAUUGCCACCCUCAAGUCCCCAGAGAUUGAGGCAGUUGAGUCUGGAUGCGGAGUUAGUAGAAGACCCUCCCUACAGCGAUCAAAAUCAGACUUAAGCGACAGAUACUUUCGUGUCGACGCAGAUGUUGAACGAUUCUUUAACUACUGUGGACUGGAUCCUGAAGAGCUUGAAAACCUUGGGAUGGAAAAUUUUGCAAGGGCUAACUCUGAUAUUAUAUCCCUCAACUUUCGCAGUGCAAGCAUGAUUAGCUCAGACUGUGAACAGUCUCAGGACAGCAACAGUGACCUUAGAAAUGAUGACAGUGCCAAUGACCGUGUGCCAUACGGCAUUUCUGCUAUUGAAAGGAAUGCCAGAAUCAUCAAGUGGUUGUAUAGCAUCAAGCAAGCUAGAGAGUCACAGAAAGUGUCCCACGUGUGAGAAAAUCCACAGUAGAAAAAGCAAGGACUGUAUCUUUGUCUGUGAAUAUUCAGUUGUGAAGGGUUGUGAAGUCUACUUGAAGUCUUGUACACUUCUCAAAUCUCUUUGUGUUGCUUGUUGUGCAAUGUUUCCAAGUUGCAUGCCUGUCAACAUGUGAACUGACCUGGCUUCCACUUGAACAAUAACCAACUGCAAAGCCUGGCUGAACAUACACGUUAUCUGCCAAAAGUUUAAGACAAGAAUCUAAUUAGGGCUUUAGUAUAAUCAAAGUGUUUACAUGGAAAGGUUAUAUGACUUCUUUGGUAUUUAUGUGGUUCCUUGUGGGUUUUAUAUGUCACUUUUUGUCUUAAUACAGAUAUCGUCAACUGACGUUUCUAGGUUCUAAGUUGAAAUGGAAUCCCGUUUGGGGGGAGAGUGGGGAUGGGGGAGGGAGAAAAAUUGGCCACUGUAAGAGGUUUAGACAUGCAACAGUAGUCAAAGCAACCUUAUCUCUUGUAGAAGGUGGAUUAUUGGCAGCUGUAAAGCUGAAAGGCAAGGAAUGUGCUGUUCUUUGCUAAAAUAUGUAUCCCUACCUGUAGUAAGGGACUGUUUAGGUUUCUGUUUCUAGAUAAGCACCCUCAGUCUCACAACUGAGGUGGUCUAAUGUAUCUGCUUGGCCACUUAUAAACUGAAUGAGUAUUGCAUUUGGUUUGGUGUAAGCAUUUUAAUGAUUUUGUAUUACCCUGUUGGAAAAGCUUAAAGAAGGUUGGAGUCAACACACAAAAGCAUCAUAGGUGCGGGAUUUUGUGGGUUUCGAUUUUACUCUUAAGAUUCCUGGUCUUAAACUUUUGACAGGAAUGAUUAGAUCCUAUAGCUGAUAUUGAAUGCCUUUAUUAGUCAAACACAUCAUGACUACGAAGUCCAUGCUGUCUUUUAAUUUUUUUUUUUUUGUAGACCUAUUUGAACAGUUAAUGAACAAAAAUGGAAACACACAGCCAUAUCAAUAUAACGCCUCCUAUUCAGAAGUAAAUACACUCAGUAGCUGAACUAUAUCUGAAAAAUUGUGAUUAUGUUGUCUUGCAUAUGUUAUAUCUAAGGCUGUGAAAGUUUGUUACAGCUCUAGAAAGUGUAGAAACAUGACAGUAUGUAGCUUUAUUUUCUUUCCUCCUUAUGAUGGUUAGUGCUGCAGGUGAACCUGUUAUGAAUCUUUUGACAAUCUGUAUCUUCCCAGUGGUUUAAUUAACUGUCAUUUCAACUGACAGUUGUGGUGCGGUAGCAGAGGAGUUGAAAGUACAGUGGCCUGCUUCAUUAUUCUUGUAUACAUGCUUUGAAAUAAAUUGCAGCACUACCUUAUACUUCAUCAGCUAAUAGGAAACUUUUUUAUUGUGUAAAUGCUGUAAGACUUUGUAUAUACUUCAGUUGUUACGAAAUCUUUAAAAGGAAGAGUGUUAUGCUAAUAAAUAGCUCCUGGUGCAGGUA